AACCGCUAAAGAAUCACAGGAGAGUGUUUCGCUGAUUAAAGGACGUCGCUCGGGAGAGGAUACGAUACGGUCACGCAAUCUUAAAGCACCACACCUAGUCAAAUAAUUAAAGGAUGGAAAUUAAACUAUGAGGUGUUGUGAAGCUGCAGAAGACUGAGUGAACCAUGGCGCAGUUCCCGACCACAUUCCCAGGGCCAAUAUCAGAUGUGUUUCUGAUCUCAGUGGAUGAGAGAGCCAAACAUGACCAGCAGUUUCACAGUCUCACCCCCACAGCUGCAGGUUACAUCACAGGUGACCAAGCAAGAAACUUCUUCCUCCAGUCAGGGCUGCCCCCUCCCAUCCUGGCCCAGAUCUGGGCCCUGGCUGACAUGAACAGUGACGGGCGUAUGGAUAUCCAUGAGUUCUCUAUCGCCAUGAAACUCAUCAAACUGAAACUCCAGGGUCACCCUCUGCCUCCCAGCCUGCCCCCCAGCAUGAAACAACCCCCACUCUCUAUACCACCACAGACCGGCUUUGGCAUGCCUCCGAUGGCUCCCAUACCAACUGCUCUGCCAGGAGUCCCCCCUCUCCCACUGCCUCCUCUUCCCGUAGGGGUAUCCCCUCCCCUCGUCUCCUCUGCCCCCCCUCCCCUCCCCCCUCCCAUUGCCAAUGGAACUCCCCCCACAGGCAUGAUCCAGCCAGUCGCAGGCUUCUCCCUCCCAGCUUCCUCUAUCAACAAGUCGUCUUCGUUCUCUCGUUCAAAUACCAAGCUCCAGAAGGGGCCAUCCUUUGAUGCUGUUGGUGCCCAGACCCCUCCCUCUCACUCUGAUUGGGCGGUACCUCAGUCCUCUAGGCUUAAGUAUAGACAGCUCUUCAACUCCCACGACAAGAUGAUGAGUGGACACCUCACUGGUCCCCAGGCUCGCACUAUCCUAAUGCAGUCCAGUCUUCCUCAGAGCCAGCUGGCUUCUAUAUGGAAUCUAUCAGAUAUUGACCAAGAUGGAAAACUAACUGCUGAGGAGUUUAUCCUGGCCAUGCACCUCAUAGACAUGGCAAUGUCUGGUUUACCACUGCCACCUGUGUUGCCACCAGACUACUUACCACCCACAUUCAGGCGUGUACGUAGUGACAGUGUUCAGUCGGACCAGAAAAGUGUCCAGGAGGAGAAAGAAGAAGAAACGGAGAGCAGCCAGGAAAAGAAACUACCGGUGACCUUUGAGGACAAGAAGAGGGAGAACUUUGAGCGAGGGAACCUAGAGUUGGAAAAGAGACGACAGGCCCUGUUGGAGCAGCAGAGAAAAGAGCAGGAGAGGCUUGCUGCACUGGAAAGAGAAGAGCAGGAAAGGAAGGAGCGUGAGCGUCUGGAACAGGAGAGGAGAAGACAACAGGAACUGGAGAAACAACUAGAGAAGCAGAGAGAGCUGGAGAGACAGAGAGAGGAGGAGAGACGCAAAGAGAUCGAGAGGAGAGAGGCUGCUAAACGGGAGUUGGAGCGUCAGCGUCAGCUAGAGUGGGAGCGCCAGCGUCGGCAGGAGCUGCUGACCCAGAGGAACAGGGAACAGGAGACCAUAGUAUUGCUCAAAGCAAGGAAGAAGACCCUGGAGUUUGAACUGGAAGCUCUUAAUGACAAGAAAUCUCAGUUAGAGGGUAAACUCCAAGAUGUUCGGUUUCGCCUGUCAGCUCAACGGAGAGAAGUGGAGCAGACCAAUCAGACCAGAGAAACACGCAUUGCUGAAAUUACCCAGCUACAACAGCAGCUGCAGGACUCCCAGCAGUGGCUAGGAAGACUAAUCCCUGACAAACAGUGUCUUAAUGACCAACUGAAACAUGUUCAACAAAACAGCCUGCAUCGUGACAGUCUGUCUUCCCUGCAGAAGGCAGUAGAGCAGAAGGAGACCAACCGACAGCAGCUAAGAGAACAGCUAGAUGCUGUAGAGAGAGAGACCAGGUCCAAACUGUUGGAGAUAGACGCUUUCAACACUCAGCUAAAGGAGCUGAGGGAGAUCCACAGCCGGCAGCAGAGACAGAGGCACAAGGAGUUGGAGGCAGACACACAUGCACUGACACAUACACACUCACACACACACACAUCGGGCGAGAGGAGGUCUGCUGAACUGCAGGAGAGUAGGUUGUCAUCAGAGGAGGGCGAUGCCUGGCGAGAGGACGGGGGGAGCUCUGGCCCCAAAGCUCCCAGCCCUGCAUCUAGCUCUACCUACCAGGCUUGGCUGAACAGAGUGACCCUGGAUGCGGAAGAGAGAACUAGAAGAGGGCUGGAGGAGGAGGACGAGGGCAGAAAGAGAGUGGCAGGGGCAGAGGAGAAGGACGAGGAGGGCAGAGGCAAGAAGGACAUGCAGGAGAAACUAAACAAGCUGUUUAGUCAGCAGGCUGACCCCUGGGCUUCAACAGGUACAGAAGGGAAGACUCCACCAUCCAGUGUGUUCGACCAGAAGGCCUCCGUUAGCAGCCUUGACCAACAACAACAACAACAGCAGUCAGUGAAGGUGGUCUACUACAGGGCUCUAUAUCCCUUUGAUGCUCGCAGCCACGAUGAGAUCAGCAUUGCUCCUGGAGACAUAGUCAUGGUGGAUGAGUCCCAAACAGGGGAGCCUGGUUGGCUAGGGGGAGAGCUGAGGGGGCGGACUGGUUGGUUUCCCGCCAAUUACGCAGAGCGAAUCCCAGACAGCGAAGCCCCGAUCAGUCUACGCUCCUCUGCCACGGCCACAUCCACCCCAGCCCAACAACCAAUAGCCACACCUCCUCCAGCACCUGGACCUACUACUUCCACAUCCUCAACCAAUAGCAAUUGGGCUGACUUUAGCACCACUUGGCCUGCCAGUACAGCCCCCCAAUCAGAAAGUGAGGGAUGGGACGCCUGGCCAACCUCUUCCACUAAUCAGAACCCAUCCCUCAGCGUUCCUUCAGCGCAGCUACGGCAACGCUCUGCUUUCACUCCUGCUACAAUGACAACAGGCUCCUCUCCUUCUCCUGUACUGGGACAGGGUGAGAAGGUAGAGGGUCUCCAGGCUCAGGCAUUGUAUCCCUGGAGGGCCAAGAAAGAGAACCAUCUCAACUUUAACAAGAAUGAGAUAAUAACGGUACUGGAGCAGCAAGACAUGUGGUGGCUAGGUGAGCUGCAGACUGGGCAGAGAGGCUGGUUCCCGAAAAGCUACGUCAAGCUCAUCUCUGCCACCAUGACUGCCCCUGCCUCAGUCCAACCACGCAGCAAGAAUGCCAGUGAGUCUGGAGCAUCAGAUAGCCCCCCCAGUGUGAAACGCCCCUCUCCUUCCCCCACUAAGCCAUCUGAGUCUGGAGAAGAGACCCUUCCCUCUAAGGGGACAAGUGGACCCGAACCAUGGCAGGAAAAUGCCCCCCACAGCAUAACAGAGCCCCCGGACCCCCUCACUGUAGUGGUCAAGCAUUCAGAAUAUAUAGCCAUGUACACCUAUGAAAGCAGUGAGCAGGGGGACCUGAGUUUCCAACAAGGGGAUGUCGUCAUGGUUACUAGGAAAGAAGGGGACUGGUGGACAGGUGUGGUCGGAGGCAAGACCGGGGUAUUCCCUUCCAAUUACGUGAAACCGCGGGACUCUGCCUCUGAGUCUUUGGGAUCAGCAGGGAAGACCGGCAGUUUAGGAAAGAAACCAGAAAUAGCCCAGGUGAUUGCCCCCUACAGUGCGACAGGAGCAGAGCAGCUGACUUUAGCUCCAGGACAGCUCAUCCUCAUUAGGAAAAAAAAUCCAGGGGGCUGGUGGGAAGGAGAGCUUCAGGCCCGAGGGAAGAAGCGCCAGAUUGGCUGGUUUCCAGCCAAUUAUGUUAAACUAUUAAGUCCCAGUACAAGCAAAACAACACCCACUGAUCCUACCCCGCCUAAAUUGGGCUCUACAGCUCUGUGUCAAGUGAUUGGUAUGUACGACUAUGUAGCCCAAAAUGACGACGAGCUGGCGUUCCAGAAGGGUCAGGUCAUCACAGUGCUCAGCAAGGACGACUGCGAUUGGUGGAAGGGAGAACUCAAUGGGAGGGAGGGGCUGUUUCCUAGCAACUACGUAAAACUUACCACAGAUACGGACCCGAGCACCCAGUGGUGUGCUGACCUCCACCUUCUGGACAUGCUGAGUCCCAUGGAGAGAAAGCGGCAGGGAUAUACACACGAGCUCAUUGUUACUGAAGAGAACUAUGUCAACGAUCUGCAGCUUGUCACUGAGAUCUUCCAGAAGCCUCUGUUGGAGUGUGAGCUGCUGACAGAGAAGGAGGUGGCAAUGAUCUUCGUCAACUGGAAGGAGCUCAUUAUGUGCAACAUCAAACUGCUCAAGGCUCUGAGAGUCAGGAAGAAGAUGUCAGGUGACCGCAUGCCAGUGAAAAUGAUUGGUGAUAUCCUGACCAACCAGCUGCCUCACAUGCAGCCCUAUAUCAGGUUCUGCUCAUGUCAGCUGAAUGGAGCUACACUGAUUCAGCAGAAAACUGAUGACAAUCCUGAGAUCAAAGAUUUCCUCAAGAGGUUAGCUAUGGAUCCCAGGUGUAAGGGAAUGCCUCUUUCCAGCUUCCUUCUCAAGCCAAUGCAGAGAGUCACGCGCUACCCACUCAUAAUCAAGAACAUACUAGAGAAUACACCAGAAUCCCAUCCGGACCACAGCCAUCUGAAAACUGCCCUGGAGAAAGCUGAGGAGCUGUGUUCACAGGUAAAUGAGGGCGUCAGGGAGAAGGAGAACUCAGACCGUCUGGAGUGGAUCCAGGCUCACGUUCAGUGUGAGGGCCUAUCAGAGCAACUGGUGUUUAAUUCAGUCACCAACUGUCUGGGUCCCAGGAAGUUCCUCCACAGUGGAAAGCUGUUCAAAGCCAAGAGCAGUAAGGAGCUUUACGGGUUCCUGUUCAAUGACUUCCUACUGCUGACACAGGUGACCAAGCCUCUGGGUUCCUCUGGCUCUGACAAAGUAUUUUCCUCCAAAACGCACCUGCAAUACCGCAUGUACAAGACGCCUAUCUUCCUAAAUGAGGUACUGGUGAAACUGCCUACUGACCCAUCUGGAGACGAACCUUUGUUCCACAUCUCACACAUAGACAGAGUAUACACCAUCAGAGCUGAGAGUAUCAAUGAAAGAACGGCAUGGGUCCAGAAGAUAAAAGCUGCAUCAGAACUCUUCAUUGAGACAGAAAAGAAGAAGAGAGAGAAGGCUUACCUUGUCCGCUCUCAGAGGGCUACAGGUAUUGGCAGACUGAUGGUCAACAUUGUAGAGGGAAUCGAACUCAAACCCUGUCGCUCCCACGGGAAGAGUAACCCAUACUGUGAAGUAACCAUGGGGUCCCAGUGCCAUAUCACCAAAACGUUACAGGACACGUUAAAUCCAAAGUGGAACUCCAACUGUCAGUUCUUCAUUAAGGACUUGGAACAGGACGUCCUCUGCGUCACUGUCUUUGAACGGGACCAGUUCUCACCUGACGACUUCCUGGGUAGGACAGAGAUCCGGUUGGCUGAAAUUAAGAAGGACCAGGGCUCUAAAGGACCAAUCACAAAGCGGUUGCUGCUCCACGAGGUUCCAACGGGAGAGAUCGUUGUCAGGCUUGACCUCCAGCUGUUUGAAGAACCAUAAAAUCUGGACUGGAUUGAACUGGACUAGACAGGACCAGAUCUACAGCUGUUGGAAUUGUAAAACUUUGAGCAAGACCUCUGGCCUUGACAUGUUCGUAGUAGGCUGAAAGGCACGACUAGACUUGUCUGGUUUUUCUUGGUCAGGUCUGGUCUGGCUCA